ACCAUCUGAAUCUUAUAUUUCUCCACUGCAGACGCAUACUGCUCUUUACCUUUAUCAGCAAUGUUCAUUGCUAUCGUAAAUUUUCAAAUUUUAAAAAUAAAAGCUUGUCAAACGAAGAGAUAAAAUUAGAUACAAUAUUUACCAGAGUAUUGGGGAGGAAGUUUCCGAUAGUUGAGUGCGAGUUACGUGGAUUAUUGUGAAACCGCAUGAAAUUGUAGUUAAAAUUUAGUUCAUUGUUCGGUUUGAAGUAAAUUACAUUUUAUGAAAUAAUAUAAUAAGUGUAUCAUAUAAACAUUAACUACUUUGUGACGGAAAACCACAAUAAUAUAAUAAAAUAACCGUAAACAGGAAUGAAUAGAGAAAAUAUCUAAAAAAGAUCUUUAUAAUGAAAUAAACAUUAAAAAUUGAACAAUCAUCGUACAUUUCCAUAAUGGAUAUAACGAAAUUUGAAGCCGGUAUAAGUGGAACAGGAACUAGAUAUUCAAGUGCUGACAAAGACAAUGACCAAAAGCAGGAUACGAAUAUAGUAGCUUCCAACCUGCUGGUAGACCCCUUUCAAACUAUUCAACAUAACGAAGACGCAACAACAUCCUACGAAGGAAAACUUUCCCAUAAAAUGCAGUCAAAUAUUGUUUCAUCACAAACCCAGUUUGGUAGUAUCGCUCUUAAUAACUCUAAAAACGUUAUGUUUGGUGACAAAGCCAUCUACCAAGGACCUGUAACAAUAAAUCAAUACUUACUGAACAAACAAGCUGCGGAAAAUAAGGGUGAAAGUGGGAGUGCUAAAAGCAAAUCACAAAAGAUAUUCAAAUGCUUCAAAAAUGGAAGUAAGAAGAGACAGAGACUGAAAACAAAAUUUGUUGUAAUUGGAGUCGCUUUAAUGUCAGCCAUAUGCAUACUUGUAGUUAUAAUCAUCUGCACAGUGACGCCUCAACCGCAACAUACAAACAACCCAUCUACAUUUAUAUUUACAGCUAGUCUCCAUAAUGGAACAGAUUUCGACAUCAUACACAGAGACGAAUGGUUAGCGCAACCAGCCAAAUCAGCCGCCACUUUGAAAGUUCCUGUUUCUACUGUAAUAAUAGCCCAUACAGCCGGCGGGCAAUGUUUCAAUAAAAGCGAUUGCACUUAUAUAGUACAGAAUAUACAGAAUUAUCAUAUCAAUGAUCGCGGUUUCACCGAUAUUGCUUACAACUUCUUAGUAGCAGGAAAUGGCUUGAUUUAUGAAGGUCGUGGAUGGGAGAAACCAGGCGUCCAUACCCCGGGCUUUAAUAACAAAAGUAUUUGUAUCGCGUUUCUGGGAAAGUUUUCGAAUGUAGAGCCACCAGAAAUUCAAAUGAACGCCACUCAAUUUCUGAUAAUGGAUGGAGUGAAAAAUCAAAAAGUCACCGCAGAUUAUAAACUAUUUGGACAACGGCAGCUUAUUGCGACGGAAAGUCCUGGCCUAUCACUCUAUAAAUUGAUCCGAAAAUGGCCCCAUUGGUCAGAUGAUAUUGACUAGUAAUAAUGGCGAUUAAAUAUUUAGAUUUAAGUGCAACAAAGCACAAGAGCAAAAACCACGUGCCAGACGUGACGUGAGUAGAAGCAGCAUAUUUUACAACUCAAAGUUGGGAAAAGGAGAAUAUAGCGGACAAUAACAACACAGAAAAUCUUUUACUUGUAUAUUCGUCUGUAUUUUAUUUGUGUAUUACAUCUUUUUCCGGAAUAAUUUACAGAAUUCUACUAUAUUACAGUUCUUAUAUUCAAGUGCCCCAAUAAAUCAUACCAACUAGAAAAAUAUCCAUAAUUUGCUAAAACUUUCUAUAAAUCAAAAAAUACGUGAAUCAAUAUAUCGAUUAAAGGGAUUUUGAUGAAAAAAAUUCUAAUAGGGUGUCCAUGUCCCAUACAUUCACAUCUAUACAUAGCUAGGGCAAACCAAACCAAAAUUAAAAAGAAUAAAAAUUGCAAAAAAAUCAAUAGGUAAAGUUUUUCAGAAAAAAAUGAAACACUUGCAAUAACAAAAAAUAAAAUACCAACGAUUUCAGCUCACGUGAAGCUAUUUAGCCCCGUAUUUAAGGGAAGACACAAAAAUAAUAGAAAUAAAUUAUUGUGGCACUUUGUGCACAUGAUUCAUGUGAUGGAAGCAAAAUUAAAAUCGGAUUUUUGGAUCCCGUCUCGUGGCAUUAUGUGCACAAUCGGUAAAGUAGUAAUGAACUAGAACCAGGCCUUUGUAACAUUUUUAUGUAUAUAUAUAUUUUGCAUUUCAGAAGUCUAUUUUUAUUCGCUAUUAUUCAUUCACUUAUUAAAAUUAAAGAAUUUUGUUCUGAUACUGAUAUA